CAGGAGUGUCGCAACGUCUCGGCACUUUUGUGUCAAGCAACACAGCAACUUGACGGGGGAGAAAUGUGACUGGGGAGAAAUGUGACUGGGGAGAAAUGUGACUCGACAGUUGAGUGACUGGUGUAGAGCAGGACGGGAUACGUCAUAACUACGUCAUAACUGUUGUCGUGUCGGAUGAGCCGAGCACACGACAAGGAUUAGGAUUAGGAUUAGGGAUGUUCCACAGCACAGGUGGGUUGUACACUUAACAGAACACCUGUUGCAGCUUGAUGUACACGACUCCAAUAAAACAACUCAACACAAACAUUUCACGUGCGUGUGAUAUAUUAUUAAACAAAUGUUUCUUCAAGUUUCACGAUGAAAUAAAUCUCGAAUCAAAAAUCAAGUGGGAUAACUAUGUUUCUACACAAGUAAGGACAGAUACAAGUCAGCCAUGCCUUACUUAAGUAACCAUGGUACCUGUCUAUUUACAGCCAUGCCUUACUGUAGAAGGAUCACGCCCUGGUUUGUUGUAAAGCUGCUAGCCGUGGCCAUUCUUCUCUUCACGCUUUACUUAAACAGGUAUACCAUUUACACAAACAGCAAGUUCUCCUACCCCGAGAAUGAGGGCAACUUCUCCCUACACGACCACCAGAAGGUCCACCGUCGGGACACGUUCUUCAUCGACAACGACAAGAACCUGGACCACUCGAAGCACGUCAACAACCGGCCGCACAAGCCGGUCCGGUGGAUGGGCAUCGAGGAGGACGACGAGCACGUUCACAACAUCAACCACAUCCCGCCACACGCCCACCCCGAGACCACGCCCCAUCGGGAGCUUAAGCCCAUUAAAGCUCCAGAGCUUAGUAAAGCUACAAGUAAGCCAACGAACAAAAAAUCGGUUGGAAUCAACGUACAGAAAUCGCCGGAUAAUAAAGUGAAACCGAAGACAAACAGUCCGUUCAAAUCUGAACAAGACAAGUUGAAAGCUGGUCUGGACAAAAAAACACGGCAGACAAAACAAACGUCACAAGUCACCAAGACAAAAAAAUAUGAGAAAGAACUGACAAAAAAACCGGUUCCGGCUAAAACCCAGAAGCCGGCAGAAAAGGACUUGAAGGAGCAGGUCAAGCGAAUCGUGGCACUCAAACAGGCUCCGAGUCUAAGCAAAGUCAAGGUCGCCGAGAAGAAGCCGGUCGUUCAAAAGCCGGUCGUUGUAAAACCGGUCGUUGUAAAACCGGUUGCCCAGAAACUCCCCGUAAUGCUGGCCCCGGACAAAAAAGCCGACCAGAAAUAGAAUCGGCGUGAGUCAGCGAGAAAGUUAGACGUGACUGUUAUAAUGAAAUCUCCGAUUGUUAAAGACAGCUCAAGAAAGACAGCUCAAGUAAGACAGCUCAAGUAAGACAGCUCAAGUAAGACAGCUCAAGUAAGACAGCUAAAGUAAGACAUGACUGAGAUAGAAGUUUAAGACAUAGAUUGUACACUGUCAUUUUGUCGAUGAUAUCGGCUGAUGUAUUUCGCCAUCAUUUAAAUGAUGUGGGGGUGGGGGUUGUAUAUGCAUAGCCCUGCAUGUAGUAUGGAACAUUGUAUGUACACAAAUUUUACGUGUAGUAUGUACAUGAUUAUCAAAAAGUAAUACGUGUUCAUGAAGAU